AAAUGGCGGCGCAGCAGCCAAGCUGCCCGGCCGUGAGCUCGGGGAAAGAUCCGAACUCUGUUGGCUGCUUAAAAUACGCCCAGAAUGAAACGCAAGACCCAGCCUGGGAGGCACGACCAAAAAUAGCCCGCUCCGGGCUGCGACGUAAGGCUGAUGUCAGGGCGUCGGAAAAUAGCCUGCAUCGGGAGCGUCGAGGGUCGGCUCUGUUUUGCUUCUUCCUUCCUCCGCUUUGACCCUCUCGGGAUUCGCCAGACCCCCAGGCUUUUGCUGCUCCGGUUCCAAAUCUGGCCCGAAGCGGCAAGGAGGCAGGCACCGCGGCAGUCGCUGUGCGCUCCUUCACUAGGCCUAAGGCAGAAAAGCCGUCCUUUGGCCAAACCUAAAUCCAAGACCAGAACCGUCGACCGGGUCGGCUGCUGCACGAGACGUGGCCACGACGGGAGGUUCCCAGUGCGCGCGUCUUUGUUGGCGAGUGUGGUUGAUGGGAUUGCUCCGGCUUGCCUGAAAGGACCACAAGGCAACAAGGACUCAACAUGUCUUACUCAAGAUCAUCGUACAGGUCAUCGAAGUACAGCGAAGGCAUCUCGGACGACAGCUUCGCCAGGUCAUCGGCCCGAAGCUCGUCGCUCAUGGACACGGACGUGAGCAGCGCCAGCAGCCUGUCGUCAACUCGGCGCACGAUGCGCACCACGUCGUACGGAGACGAGGGUGGCAGCUACUCCUCCAUGUCCACGGUGCGCCGGAGUUCGCGCCUUUCAGCCCUGGACGACGACGACAUUGGUUCGAGCUCAAGGAUUCGCAGCAGCACGGUCCGCACCUCCCGGCUCAACUCCCGAAACGACGACGACUUUGGAUCGGCGACCGUCUCGAGGAGGCCCUACGGCCUCACGAGCGCCGAUUCUUUCGAAAGCAGCAGCCGCAAGUCUUCGCUCGCGUCCAGCAUCCUGGGCGAAACGGGCGAAAGCGCGACGUCCAGGGCCCUGAGGCGGCUGAGCAAAGACGACGACAAGGAGAGCUACGCAACGAAGAGAUCGAAACUCGCUUCGAAAUCGUCGUUUGACGUCGACGAGUCGACUUCCUCCGUGAGGUACAGCAGCACGAAGAUAAGCAGCUCCGUGGAGUCGAGUGACCUGGGCGCUGCCAGCUUCGUGGCGUCCAAGAGCUCGUUCUCUUACAAGGACUCUUCGAGCUCCGGCGCUGCUGCUGCUGCUGAACCCUCGCCCAUUGGAGGAAUAUUUGAGGCCAUUUUGGACUAUAAGCCAAUCUCCAGCGACGACGAGGGGAUUCCACUAAAAGAAGGUCAAGAAGUGGAAGUAAUAGACACGUCAAAACCUCGGAAAUGGCGCGUGCGGACUAGAUCCAGUACCACAGGGAUUACUCAGGAGGGUUGGGUUCCAUCCUGCUACCUGGAAAAGAAAGAGGGUGCAGUUGUGGUUGAGCAGGUCAGCCCGAAAGAUAAGGAGUCCCAAGUGAAGCGAGAGGCCGUCGUCAAGGAACUGGUGGAGACAGAAGAAGAUUUCUCUCGAGAUAUGCAGCGUGUUGUAAAUACCUACCUGAAGGAAAUGGAGAGCCCUUCUAUGCCCAAGGAGCUCAAAGAGCAGAAGGACGUUUUGUUUAGCAACUUCAAGGACAUAAGUGACUUCCACAACACGGAGCUGAUCAAGGGCGUCCAGUACAACGCAAGUGAGCCCGCCAAAUUAGGAGUGACAUUUCUUCGUCUGGAGAGAGAUUUUGAUAAACACGUGAAGUACUGUGAGGAUUUUCCACGCGCCCAAGAUCUGUUAGCUUCUGGACCCAUGAAAGAAUACUUUGAUGAAUUCAGCAAAAGCAUCAACGACGACAAAUGUUUAUCAGACCACUUGAAACUUCCUAUCCAAAGAAUUAAUGACUACCAGCUUCUCCUCAAGGAACUCAUCAAAUACACGGCUCGUCUGCAUGAGGAUUUUUCAGAUUUGCAAAGAGCCUUGGACUUUAUGCAGGCUAUUCCUCAGAGAGCCUCUGAUCUACAGUACAUAAAUGCCAUCGAAGGCUAUCAUGGAAACAUCCACAACUGGGGUCGAGUUAUGAAGCACACCACGGAAUCUGAAAUUGUGGAUACUGGAGAUGAGGACGUUACAUUGAAGAUUCUACAAAGAGACGCCUCUGGUGAGGAUGUGCCCAUCACCCUUCGCGCCAAAGACAAAGAGCAAAAGAGGGAGUGGGCAGAGGAACUUCAUGCAUCAACGAUCGCCAGCGAAGUUGUCGAAGAAAUGCAGUGUGAAGAUACGUCUAUCGCGGAACGUCUUCAAGACAAGAGUGCCUACAGUCAUACAGGCUCUUUGUCCGAAUCAACUGCAGUACCCGUCAGUCCCGAACCUCCAUCAUCAUCUCUGCCAAAGACAGAAAUUUUGGAAGGAUUUGAGGCGUACAAGGAGGCUACAAGCGCCGCAACAGGCAGCAUCCGUUCUGGCUCGGUUACAUCGAUUGACGCAUCCAGGAAGGAUGCCUCAGGGAAGCCGCAGUUCCAGAAGGCACUUCGGGGCCUCACUUGCUCACAGGGCGAUAACCUCUCCCUGGAAUGUGAAGUCUCCUCUCCUGAAACACCAACUGUGCAGUGGCUGAAAGACAACAUUCCUCUCAAGAAGAGUCAACGCGUUGAGACAAAAGAAGAUGCCGGGAAGCACAAACUCUUGAUCAAUGAAGCAUCAGUUGAGGACUCUGGAAUGUACACUAUCAUUGCGUCGAACCCGCAAGGAACUGCCUCUUGCAGUGCACCCGUUUAUGUCAAGCCUGGUUUAAGCGUGUCUAAGGGAGACUCAAGACCAACGAGUCCCGGAGGAACUGUUCUUCCUCACGCUCCCGUAUUCAAAGUAAAGUUGAAAGAUACGGAACUCUUGGAAGGAACAUCCGUCCGGUUUGAACUGGUGGUGCGAGGGUGCCCAGAACCCGAAGUAACCUUCUACAAGAACGGCAAGAAACUGAAAGAGGAUGAUCGUGUACGAGUAAUUUAUGAAAGCAAGGAAGUUUUCGAACUCGUUAUAGAUCACAUUUCGUUUGAGGAUAUGGGAAAAUAUUCGUGCGUUGCCGUUAAUUCGGAAGGAAAAGACGAAUCUUCCGGCACCAUCACCGUUACAAAAGACAAGAUAUUAUUCCAAGGGCUAACGGGAGAUUUCAGUGCCGAAGGAUCUCACCCUUUAACACCUCCUCCGAGGUCUCCCGCAUUUAGAUGGUUCAAGGAUGGCCAAGAAUUUGAAGCCAGUGAAAGAUUUCAAGUGACGUUCGAUGAUAUCGAGGACAAUAUAACACUGGUUUUUCAACAUGUUACCCCAGACGAUGCUGGUCUCUACACGUGCGUCGCUAGCACAUCCAGCGGCAAAAUUUCUUGUAGUGCAGAGCUAACAGUUCAAGGUUCGGUCAUUAAGAAGUCACCCGAAGCUCCCACCAUUCACGCAAGCCUUUCAGAUGUUGAAGUCAAUGAAGGUGCUUCUGCCAUGCUGGAGCUGAAGGUGACUGGCUACCCGAAACCAAAGAUCACAUGGAAGCACGACGGCAAAGUUAUUGAAGCUGGAGGACGAUACCGGUUUUUGUUUGAGGAUGAAGAGUCAAUGACUCUCAUCAUAAAGAACGUGACCAAGGCUGACUCUGGAAAAUAUAGCGUAGUAGCAGAAAAUGAGCUUGGAAGUGCCAACACUGAUUGCAAGCUCACUGUGAAUAGCUUACCAGCAUUCAAGAAGGAACUGAAAGACGUUUCAGUGAUGACUGAUGAGGUUUUGAAGCUGGACGUCGAAGUUCAAGGCAGUCCCCAACCUGAUGUCAAAUGGUACAAGGAUGGACAAGCCGUUAUUGAGGAUGACAGAGUAAAAAUUCUUCAUCCAGCAGAAGACAAACACGCACUGGUUAUUGAUCGCGUCAAGGUGGAAGACUCUGGGAACUACUCUUGCGUUAUCAGCAACACUACUGGAACGCAGACUGGAUUUUCUGCAGUGUCUGUCAAUGCUCCACCAAGAUUCAUUCAAAAACUGAAAAACUACGAAGCAACUGAAACUGAGAAUGUUACUUUUAGAAUAAAAGUAUCGGGAAGUCCAAAGCCCAAAGUGUGUUGGAAAAAAGACGGGAAGGAAAUCAAAUCAAAUAAGGAGAGAUAUCAAACUCUCGAAGAAGCGGAAAAUGUGCAUUGCCUCAUUAUCGAUGAUGUCCGAUCGGAAGAUGUAGCGGAGUACUCCGUGGAGAUUUCGAAUGAGUACGGAACGGAAACUGACAAUGCAUCACUAACGAUCACGUGUAAACCCAAGAUCAAGAAGAAGUUCGAUGAUGUGGAAUGCAGUGAAGGGGAAAGAAACAUUAAACUGACCAUUGAAGUUGAAGGGUCACCUGCUCCAAAAGUAAAAUGGAUUUUGAAUGAAACCGAAAUUCGCGAAGACGAAAGCUUUAAGUUUGAAUCUGUGGAAGAUAGCGGUAAAUAUACCCUCGUCAUAAAGGAAGCAAAAUCGGACAUGACAGGAAAUUUGACAUGCGAAGCUAAAAAUGAAAAGGGGAAAGACUCCUGCACCGGGUCCGUCACCGUAAAAUCUAAGCCGAGGAUAAUAAAAGGAUUAGAAGACAUUGAAGUUGAAGUUGGUGAGCCGGCUACAUUCACUGUAAAGCUUGCUGAUGGCAAAAAUGUUGACGUAAAAUGGUCCAAAGACGACUGUGACGUUGUGCUGGACAACAAGAACAUCUAUGCCAAAGAAGAGGCUGACGCGACAUUCACACUUCAAAUUAAAAAUGUCAAAGCUGAAGACGCUGGAAAGUACACCUGCAAGGUGAAGAACGAGCUGGGUGAAGAUUCAAGCACAGCCCGCAUGUCCACGAAAAGUAAGCCAUUCUUCAAAAAGCAUCUCGUAAACCAGGAGAUUUCAGAAGAAGAGGAAACUGUAUUUUCUGCCGAAGUGGGAGGCCAUCCCAAGCCUAGCGUCAAAUGGUUCCAUGGAAAGAGGGAGAUUAAAGAAGACGACGUCUAUAAGAUAACUUCGGACGAAGAAACCUACACAUUGAAGGUGAAGAAACCGAACAAGGAACUGGCUGGAGAAUACACCUGUCAAGCAGAAAACUCGUGUGGCAAGGAAGAAAGUUCUGCGAGCCUUACCAUUUACAGCAAACCUGAAAUAAUCCAAGGCAUGAAGGAUAUAGAAGGUGAAGUCGGCGAAGCUGUUUCCUUUAAUGUGAAAAUUUCCGGCUCGCCCAAGCCAGACAUUGUGUGGAAAAGAAACGGCGAAGAGGUUUCCGUCGAAGCCACAGUGAAGGUAAUGGACCAGGCACCGUCCUACACACUGGCGUUUGACGAGCUGACCAUCCAGUUAGCCGGCGAUUACGAGUGUAUCGCAAAGAACAAGUAUGGCACUGCUUCUACGGCGGGAAAGCUAACUGUGAACAGCAAACCCAAGUUCACAAAAGCGCCAGGAGAUGUUUGCAUCUACACAGGCGAAGAAUGCGUGUUUGAAGCCAAGGUUACAGGUGUUCCGGCCCCAGAAGUUUCUUGGUACAAAGCCGGCGUAAAGAUAGAAGAAACCGAGCGCAUCUCCAUCACAACGCACAACGGCACCCAUCGCUUGGUCAUUAAGGAAUGCAAUCGAAAAGAUGAGUCUGACUACACUUGUACCGCGAAGAACAGCUUGGGUAGGGUGUCGGAACAAGCCGAACUCACAGUCAAAGUGCCGGAGGAUUCUGAGGCCCCAACUUUCAUUCGCCGUAUGGUGGAUACCAUUGCCAUUACUGGGGACAAGGCCCGCCUAGAGGUGAGGGUCGCAGGAAAGCCAACCCCUACUGUCACGUGGUACAAGAAUGGAGAGGAGUUGACCGAAAGCAAGCAAGUAACCAUCACGAAGGAUGGGGACACACACACGGUUACAUUUAAGGACAUCGUAAAGGGUGACGGCGCAAAAUAUUCGUGCAAGGCAGAAAACGAUAAAGGAGAGGACGAAGAUAAUGCGAAAUUAAUUGUAAAAGAACCGGUCGCACCUCUCAUAGACGGUCUCAGAAAUCAGGAGGCACGUAUUGGCUGGUCGGCAACAUUUGAAGCAACUAUUUCGGGUCUUCCAGCGCCUGAUGUAGUUUGGAAAAAAGAUGGCACCGUCCUCACUCCUUCCGAAAAUGUUGUCAUUUCCGCCGACGUGGAGACAGAAUCCUACACGGUUGUGAUUCGGCGAGUAGAAGACGAUUUCGGAACCUAUACAUGUCAUGCAUCUAACAGCGCCGGGGAGGACGAAGCCCAAGCAAAGCUUAUGAUGAAAGGUGAAGCACCCUCUUUCAUCCGAAAGCUCGUGAAUACUGAGGUCGGUAUUUUAGAAGAGGCAUCAUUCGAAGCUCGAAUCAAGGGAUAUCCAACUCCAUCAGCCACCUGGUUACUCAAUGAUACGGUUCUUCGGGAAUCGGAGACCGUUUCUAUUUCCGAGAAGGGAGAACGCUACUCCCUUAAAAUUAGCAAUGUGACAUCCAACGAGAUUGGAGAAGUCGUGUGCAGAGCUCAAAACUCCAUCGGGCAGGCGGAAUCUGAAGCCGCACUUUCUAUCAAAGCCAGUGCGCCUGUGGUGCACAAGGGCCUUCCAAGCAAAGUUCGUGUGGACGAAGGACAACCCUUAAAGUUAGAAGCCAAGAUCCCCGGACAUCCUCUUCCCGACAUACAGUGGUUGAAAGAUGGUGAGCCAGUUGUUCCAUCAAACCGCGUCAAGCUUUCACAGGCACCAGAUGGCACAGUCGUUUUAGAAGUGGAUUCCGCUAAGCCUGGGGACGCUGGCCAUUAUACUGUUGUCGCUAGGAACGACCAAGGAAAGGCCACAAGUGAAACCGACGUGGAAACCACUCCGAAAGGUGCAGAAGUUCCCUCAACGCCAGCCUUCUCUGAAGGCUUGAAGGACGCGACACUCACCGAAGGAUGCCCCGGAAAGUUAGAAGCCAAACUCUCGAGGUGUAGUCCUCCUCCGGAUGUCGAAUGGAAGAAGGAUGGUGAACCUAUUUUGCCUUCGGAUCACAUGCAGCCUGUACAAGAACCAGACGGCACAGUGGCUUUAAAGAUCGACAAAGUUACCCCCGACGAUGCUGGUCAUUAUAGCAUAGUUGCUGGCAAUGAUGAGGAAAAAGCGAUCAGCGAUGCAGACGUCAAAACUCAGCCAAAGAAGGCGGUCCAAGGCGAACCGGUGUUUGAGCAGGGUUUGAAGCCGACAACCCUAACAGAGGGGGCUCCUGGACGCUUAGAAGCAAAAGUGUCACCGCCUGCUACUUCUCCUGUGGAAUGGACCAAAGAUGGAUCACCCGUGCGUCCCACGGAUCACGUCAAGUUGGUCGAAGAACCCGAUGGAACUGUAGCCCUGGAGUUGGACAAAGUUGGCCCCGAUGAUGCCGGGCACUAUGCCGUGAAGGCUGUCAACGACAAGGGAGAGACAUCGUCCGAAGCUGACAUCAAAACUCAACCAAAGUCAGCCCUUGUUGACAAGAAGCCAUGCUUCGAAAAAGGUCUUCAGCCAUGUACUCUGACUGAAGGUAAACCGGCGCAAUUGGAGGCUAAAAUAGCUCCCGGAGGAACGCCGACGAAGGUUGAAUGGCUAAAGGAUGGGAAACCCCUCAAGCCAAGUGAUCACCUUACCAUGCAGCAAAAGCCCGAUGGCACACUGGCGCUCAAGAUUGACAAUGUCACGCCCGAAGAUGCUGGUCACUAUGCUGUGGUUGCCUCAAAUGAUGACGGAAAAUCUGCUUCAGAAGGAGAUGUGAAAACCCAGCCUGAUGAGGACCGUAAGGCAAAAAAGCCUGCUUUUGAGAAAGGACUGGAACCAACUACCCUGGUAGAAGGCAAGCCUGCUAAACUUGAGGCCAAGCUUGCUCCAGGGAGUAAACCUACGAGUGUUAAGUGGCUCAAGGACGGACGACCCAUUAGGCCGAGCGAUCGAGUCAGGCAAGAAGAAAAACCAGACGGGACGCUGGCUCUCUUAAUCGAUGAUGUGAAGCCCGAAGAUGCUGGACGCUAUUCGGUGGUAGCUUCGAACGACGCUGGAGAGGUGGAUUCCGAGGCGCCCGUUAAAACGCAACCUGACGAAGACACCAAACGGAAGAAGCCUGCUUUUGAGAAAGGACUAGAACCAGCAACCUUGUUGGAGGGCAAACCGGCUAAGCUCGAAGCGAAGCUCGCUCCAGGCAAACCGACGAGUGUCAAGUGGCUCAAAGAUGGGCUGCCCAUCAGGCCCAGUGAUCGGGUGAGGCAAGAAGAGAAGCCCGAUGGGUCAUUGGCGCUGAUCAUCGACGACGUCAAGCCCGAAGAUGCUGGUCAAUACUCUGUGGUGGCUUCGAAUGACGCUGGGGAAGCUGAGUCUGAGGCGCCUGUUAAAACUAUGCCGGAUGAAGCAGGUAAAUUAAAGAAGCCUGCAUUCGAGAGGGAGCUCGAACCGAUGACUUUGACAGAAGGCAAACCAGCUAAGCUCGAGGCGAAGCUCGCUCCAGGAAGCAAACCCACAAGUGUCCAGUGGCUCAAAGAUGGGCGACCCAUCAGGCCCAGUGAUCGGGUGAGGCAAGAAGAGAAGCCCGAUGGGACAUUGGCGCUGUGCAUCGACGACGUCAAGCCCGAAGACGCUGGUCGAUACUCUGUGGUGGCUUCAAAUGACGCCGGAGAAGCUGAGUCUGAGGCGCCUGUUAAAACUACGCCUGAUGAAGCAAGUAAAUUGAAGAAGCCGGCAUUUGACAAAGAGCUGGAACCGAUGACCCUGACCGAAGGCAAGCCAGCUAAGCUCGAGGCAAAGCUCGCUCCAGGAAGCAAACCCACAAGUGUCAAGUGGUUUAAGGAUGGGCGACCCAUCAGGCCCAGUGAUCGGGUGAGGCAAGAAGAGAAGCCCGAUGGGACAUUGGCGUUGUGCAUCGAUGAUGUAAAGCCCGAAGACGCUGGUCGCUACUCUGUGGUGGCUUCGAAUGACGCUGGAGAGGCUGAAUCUGAGGCGCCUGUUAAAACGGUUGCCGAUGGAGAGGGUAAACUGAAGAAGCCUGCAUUUGAGAAGGAGCUCGAACCGAUGACCUUGGCCGAAGGCAAACCAGCGAGACUCGAAGCAAAGCUCGCUCCUGGAAGCAAGCCCACAAGUAUCAAGUGGUAUAAAAACGACAGGCCCAUUAGACCCAGUGAACGGGUGAAGCUAGAAGAAAAUCCGGACGGUACACUGGCAUUAACAAUCGAUGAUGUUAAACCCGAAGAUGCCGGUGGAUAUGCUGUGGUCGCUGCAAAUGAUGCUGGAGAGGCUGAUUCGGAGGCUGACAUUAAAACUAAACCUACAGCACGUGUCCCCGGAGAAAAGCCUGAAUUUGUGAUUGAGCUGAAAAAUGCGGAACUUCUCGAAGGGCAACCUUUACAUCUUGUUGGAAAGGUCAAGAGUGACAGUCCCUUCACAGUAGAAUGGCUGAAGGAUGGUGAACCUCUGAAGACUUCGUCCGGGUUGUCAUUUUCCCAAGAACCGGAUGGCACAGUGAUACUUUCCAUUGAUCACGCAACCCCUGAUGACUCCGGCAAAUAUGUGUGCGUCGCUACAAAUCCCGAUGGGAAGGCGAGAAGUUCGAGCACAGUUAAUGUCAAGGAGAUGCCAAAAUAUAAACCUGAGGUCGUGGAUGAACUUAAACCCACUGUUUUCACUGAGGGUGAACCUGGAAAGUUAGAGGCAAAGGUCUCUGGAGAGCCCAUGCCUGAUGUUAAAUGGAUAAAAGAUGGGCAAGAGCUUCCUGACGACAGCCGUAUUCGCUCCACUACAUCCCCUGGUGGAGAUGUGGCCCUCACAAUUGAUCCAGUUAAGCCAGAAGAUGCUGGAAAAUAUGCCCUCGUCGCAGCUAAUGACGAAGGAGAAUGUAGGACGUCUGCCCCAGUCACGGUGAACCAGCCACCUAGGUUCACCACGCCGUUGGAACCCGUAGAGGCAGUGGAAGGCUACCCAGCAAGGUUAGAGGCGAAGCUUAGUGGUCAGCCUACGCCGGAAACAGAAUGGAAGAAGGAUGGAAAGCCUUUCAUACCUGACGGGGAGAAGAUAAAGGAGUCAAAAACACCUUCUGGGGAUGUGGCCCUUAUUAUACCGAAAACCCAGCCUGAGGAUGCAGGUGUUUAUUCUUGCAAAGCUAAAAAUCCUUUCGGUGAACAAGAGACAAAAGCUCCGCUGACUGUAGCAGGAGCGGACACAUCUGGAGAACCAGAAGAAAAGCCGACAGUUUCUCCAAUUGCGGAUGUUAACGUAAUGGAAAGCGAGCCGUUCACUUUGGAAACCAAGGUGACGGGAAAACCCCUGCCUGAGGUCCAGUGGCUCCUAGAUGGCAAGCCAGUUUCAACAUCGGACAACGUGCAACAGAGCUUUGAUGGUCGGAAGGCAAAACUUUACGUGAAGAACAGCCGACCGAAAGAUGCAGGCCAAUACGAAUGUCGGGCAUCAAACCCUGCCGGGAAGGCAUCGGCAACAUCGACAGUCGGCGUCACUGCCAUGAGCAAACCACGGUUUACGAAGCGCCUAACGGAUACUGAGGGAUCUCCCAAUGAACCGCUAACAUUGGUGGCUAAAGUGGAAGGGAACCCGGAACCCGAAAUCACCUGGAAAUACAACGGCAAGGUGAUCGAGCCCAGUAUAAAAUACAACAUGAGCAAGGAAGGAGACACCUGUACGCUCACCAUCCCUUGGCCACAGAGCAAAGACAGCGGCGUCUACGAGUGUCUUGCCAAAAACCCAGUGGGUGAAGACAAGUGUCAAGCUCAAGUCACCAUGCGUGAGAAGGCGGAUAAGGGAGAACCACCAUGUUUCUUGAAAAGGCUCGAAAAUGUCGAAGUCCCUGAAGGCGAUACGGCCCGAUUCACGGCGCGUAUUGCAGGAUCUCCUCUGCCGGAAGUGAAAUGGUUCAAAGACGGAGAAGAACUUGAGCGCACGCCUCGCCACAAAUUCGAGCUUGGACCUGAUGGCACGCUGCGUUUGACCAUUCGAGACUGUCGGCCCGAGGACCUGGGCGAAUACCGAGCUUCGAUCUACAACCCUUACGGAAGCGAUAGCAGCAUGGGAACCUUGCGGGUCAAGAGCCCUCACGACACCGGGAAGCGGCGUAGUAUUGCUGACAAAUAUCCAGAGUAUGAAAAACCUGAUAGAACUGAGCCCGGACUCGGUAGUGCACCCUCCCCAUACGAGCCACCUCAGUUGAAUGGUUAUGCCUCCCACCCCGGAGGCGAUCGUCGACGUGAACCGUACGGUGCCCCGUACAGUCACGAGCUUCCUCCGGCAGAACCCUACCCGUCCCAUCGACCAUUUGACCGCCCUGACUAUACACCGCAUUCGCGGCAGGCACCCCACCCAGAGUACGACGACCUUGACAGACCCCACGACAGGCGCUACAAGCCCUCGGAUCAGUACGAGCCGUAUUCUGCAGGUGUUCCAGCGGCGUUGACAGACAAGCCGUACAUACGUCGCAUGACCGACCGCGACCUCACACUGGGCUGGAAACCGUACAUUCCCAGCGGCUCACGCGUUCCAGUAACGUACAACGUGGAAAUGGCGCCCCUUCCGGACGGCAACUGGGCUCCGUAUAAAUCAGGCACAAGAGAUACACAACUUGACAUCAGAGGACUGGAACCCUUCAAGGACUACCGUUUCAGAGUACGAGUAGGAAAUAAGUAUGGUCUUAGUGACCCGUCCCCAUAUGUGACCGCUCACCGCAGCCGGCUAGGAGGCCCCCCGCCUGUCCCGAAGGAAUUCAAGCCGAAAGACUAUGAACUAGAACAUCCUCCACUGGAUAAACAAGGAACUGCACCAUAUUUCGUGCGCCGUGAGGAGGAUACUAUGUAUGGCAUCCAAGGCCACCCUGUCAGCAUUGAAUUCUGGGUAUAUGGCUACCCUCAACCGAAUAUUACAUGGACUUUCAAAGGAACAAAGAUUGAAAUGGGUGGCAGGUAUAACUGCAUGCAAGACCGAAACGGCCAAGUAACUCUAUUCAUAAGUCGAAUGACUGAAGACAACGUGGGUAGUUACACAUGCACAGCCGUCAAUGAACAUGGCGAAGCCAUGAAGAGCAUCUACCUGGAGCUUGCUGAGGAGCCCGUCUUCACCAAGAGGCUCGAACCAACCACUAUCAUGCUGCGUCGUGGCGGAGAGCUCCAGUGCCGUGCGAUUGGAAAGCCAUAUCCGAAGAUCAAGUGGUUCAAGGACUGGCAGCCCAUUUGCAAUUCCUCUCGUGUGAACAUUAUAUGGGAAGCGCCUGACAUCUGCACCUUGACACUGAAUGACUCUAUAUCACGCGACGCUGGACUCUACUCGUGCUCAGCCUCCAAUAUCGCCGGUACAACCUCAUGCUCGGCAAUUCUUACGAUUGAAGAAUCUCAAGAUGAAUUUGACCUGAACACCUACCGCCAACCCAAGCUGGUCAGACCUCGAUCCAAACAUAUUGAUGAAUACUACAACCUUGGUGAUGAACUCGGCAGAGGUACACAGGGCGUUGUUUAUCAUGCUGUCGAACGACCAACAGGCAAGAACUACGCUGCAAAAAUGAUGCACGGCAAAGGCCAAUUCAAGGACUGGAUGAAAGCCGAGCUGGAUAUGAUGAACCAGCUUUGCCACCCUCGUCUCGUUCGCCUGUGGGAUGCGUUUGAGACAAAAAAUUCCAUGUCCCUAAUAACAGAUUUGUGCGGUGGUGGCGAACUGCUGGACAACAUCAUCAGUAGGGACAAGCUCACCGAGCAUCAAGUGGCGAAUUACAUACGGCAGAUUUUGGAAGGGCUAAAUUACAUGCACGCUCAAAACAUCGGUCACCUGGGUCUCACACUCGGGGAUGUCUUGGUUACUCGCGUGGACAGUGAGGACAUUAAGAUCGGAGACUUCGCGCUUUCAGCGCGUUUACCAAGGGGCAAGACUUUCAUCCAGGAAUACGGCCAUCCUGAGUAUGUGGCUCCCGAGAUUGCGAGCAAAAAGUCUGCGAGCCUUGCUUCGGACAUGUGGAGUGUCGGAGUCAUAUCCUACAUUCUGCUCAGUGGAAUUUCGCCAUUCCUCGGCCAAAAUGACCGGGAAACUCUGAAAAAUGUGCAAACGGGAAAAAUCAACUUCCUCCAUGACGGCUUCGCCAAGGUUUCAGAUGAUGCACGUGACUUCAUAUCAAAGCUCCUGGUGUUUGACCCGAGCGAAAGACUUGACGUAAGGGCUGCUCUUGCCCAUCCCUGGCUGAAGAUCACGGAGAGGCCAGACAGAGGCGAAAGCCUUUCAAACAUUGACAGGCUGCGAGACUACCAGAGAACAUGGAAGAGUUGGUACGCAAACGCUUCCUGCCGGCGCCACUACCGACGACGGCCGAUGGAGUCAUGCUUCACGCAUCCAAGCAAAAUGAUCUACCCACCGGACGAGAUGUACACGCCACCUGCAAGCCCCGAGCGAGAGGUGGAGGGCCUCAAAGCCAGACGUCAGGUGGACGACACUCAACCAGGAAAAGGCGCUCAGGACCGUCUUGACAUCGGUUCCGAAAGCAGCUACCAAAGCGGCCCCGACACGUAUUUGCUACAACUCCGUGACGUGGACUUCCCCUUGCGAAUUCGUCAGUACCUUCGUGUUGGAGCAUCUCGAAGCCCAAGUCUUGCGGCAAACCUCCGCGAAAGACAUUGGGGAGGAUUCCAGAUUGCUGAACGCGGCACCAAGAAUACCUAUCCUCAGGUUGUGGUCAGAGAAAGAAGAAAGUUUGUUGAUGUCAUGGAUGAAGAAAUUGAUGACGAGAAGAAAGGUCUCGGAACGCGCACUCUUCCUCUGAGACUGCAGCGUGAAGUUGGAAGCCUCGGAUAUGCCCAUCAUCAGCUAGAGAACCUCAAAUACGAGGCAUGGAAGGACCAAGCAUCCAGGGACAAAACAAUAGGAAUGGUACCGUUAUUCAGAGAAAAAAUCGAGGAUUGCGUGAUCAAAGAAAAUGAUGACGUCGUCUUCAGGUGCUAUGCAGUUGGCAAUCCACCCCCGCAGUACAGUUGGUUUAGGAACGACAGUAUUCUCAUCGAAAGUAGCAGAGUACAAAUCAAACAGGAUGCUGAAGGUCGCUCUGAGCUGCUGCUGAAGCCUGGAAAAGCGUAUGAUGUUGGUGUAUUUAAAUGUGCAGCAAGAAAUAGCCACGGUGUUGCUUUGUGCUAUGCGAGACUCAAAAUUGGAGAACGUCCUUCUCGUCCGGAACCACCUGUUUGUAAGCAAUGCACCUCUGACCAAGCCUACGUUGAAUGGUGCAGCCCAAAGCACGAGGGGAACGCUCGCACGCUUUGCUUCUGCUUGGAAAUGAAGGAACCAGGAGAAAGCGAAUGGAAAAAGCUGUGCGAUGUCAUCACGCAAGAAUUCUGGGUGGCUCGCGAUCUCCAGCCAUCGACGACUUACCUCUUCCGAGUUAGCGCCAAAAAUCAGUUUGGAUGGAGUGAAGAAAGUCUGUCAUCUGACGCCUGCAGCACGAAACCCGAGGGUUCUGCGGAAAAGAUAAAACUGUCUCAAGUUCACAAGUACCAAGAGGAAAUCUUUGAGUGUGAUCCAGGGCACGCUAUACGCAAAGACACCAGAGUUUCAUUGGACUACAGUCAAGAAAGCAGUCCUGUUCAGCUUGAGUCGGGAAGUCUGCAAGAACUGUACUCUUUCAGCUCAGAAGUAUCUGUCGGCCGCUUUGGAGCAGUGGUGAAUGGUUCAUCGAAGAAAUUGUCCUGCAACCUUGCCCUAAAGACGGUCUUGGCAAGCAGCGACACUGAAAGCCUCGUUCUGAAGGAAUAUGAAAUUAUGAAAAGUCUUUGCCAUGAGAGGAUUGUUGCUCUCAAAACAGCAAGUCUCCACGAUGACCUUCUUGUUCUCGGAAUGGAGAGGCUUUCUGGGAUGGAUGUCCUGACAUACCUCACACUGCGUAACCAUUACAAUGAAGACAUGGUGGCAGGCAUCAUCAAGCAGGUGUUUGACGGACUGGAAUACCUGCAUUUCCGCGGCAUUUGCUAUAUUGAGCUCCAACCCGACAACGUGGUGAUGACUGACGCGAACAGCUGCAAUAUCAAGCUUGUAGAUUUCGGCUCCGCAAGCUUUGUACCAAGAACAGGGGCGGUGGUCAAUGUGGGCAAGAAUGCGUGCAUAGAAUACCUCGCUCCGGAGGUGCUGAAAGGUAAUGAAGUCUGUCACGCCACAGACAUCUGGAGUGUUGGUGUUUUGACCUACAUUUUAUUGAGUGGCUACUCACCAUUCCUCGGAAGUGACGAGGAAGAUACAAAAAGCAACGUCAUGUAUGUGCGCUACCAUUUCGACAAGUUGUACAAAGAGGCUUCAGCUGAGGCCACGAGAUUCAUCAUGCAACUUUUUAAGAGGACGCCAGAAAAAAGGCCGGCAAUUUCAGAGUGUCUCGAAAACAAGUGGAUGCUUCCAAGUGAAUUCAUGCUCCGAAAGCGAGAAAACUCCGUUUUUCACUCUCAUAAGCUCCAGGAAUUUGCAGCGAAGUUCCGUGCGAAGAAGAAAAACAGUGCAACAGCCGACAAGCUCUCCAAGCUUCUUGGACUGUCUCUUUCGAGGUCUCACUUUUCUGACGUCGAUGCCGUCGAAGGCUAAUUGACAAGACCAAAGAGUUCGUUGCCGUGAUGAAGCUGUGAAGAGUUCCUUUUUGAUGCGAUGUCUUCGCCUACUCAGCAGUCUAUCAUUGACAAGAGGGUAUGGCACCCCGAGAUGACCUGAGUCUCCAACGUAUAAAAUGGUACUCGUUGCAAAUAUUUUUUUCCGGGGGCACUCAGCUACAAAAGAUGCUUGGUUCCCCCGUAACGUUGUUGUAUUUUUUGGUCUGUUGGAAAUAAAAGAAUUUAUCUGUGACUAGA